AUGGAAACAACCUCGAUGGACACUCGACAACUUCAUUCAAGUCAACAAGAGGCGAUGAAGAAAAUAGCUGAAUUUUCAGGGGAAGCUAAUGAAACUGAUAUUGACGAAUGGUUAUUUGAUUUAAACAAUUUAUUUUCAUUAAUGAAAUUAAAAGAUGAAACAAGAAUUCUUGAAACGAUGAGCAAAUUAACAGGACCAGCAUUACGAUGGUAUCAAGACAAUUUACGAUUAUUCACCAACUGGAGUGAUGCUGAAAAAGCAUUACGAGAUCGAUUUAAAGAAUUUACAUCAAACAGUCAAUUAAUACAAGAAUUUUUUUAUAUUCGUCAAGAAGAAAACCAAUCUGUUAUAUCAUUUUACGAGAAUGUUAUUCGAAAAUAUAGAAAGUUUCAACAAUUUAUUACUGAACAACAAGUUAUUACGGUAUUACAGAAUGGUGUUAAAAACUCAUUAAAAGAACAUUUAAUUCGUAACGAAAAAGAAAUUAAAAAACCUGAACAAUGGUUGCAAAUUGCAAGAGAAGAAGAAUAUAUACAAAAACGAAUUCAACAAAAAAUUAAUGCUCUAUAUUAUGAACCAAAAAAUUCACCAUUUUUUGUACAUACAUUACCAACAGCAACAAUUCAACCAACAUCAACAAAUGUUCACUCAUCAAAUCAACAACCAUGGACGUCACGUCAUUAUUAUAAAAAACAACAUCAACAUCAACAACAAUUAACAUUAACACGUAAUCGAACAUAUCCAACACAAAAUAAUUAUAUGACUCUUAACCAAAAUCAAAAAACUUAUGCAAAAAAGGAAACUCAACAAUCAACUCCAUCACUUAUUGAUACUGGAUCGGCCAUCACUAUUAUACAUCAACAUCUAUUAAAUGAUAUACCACAUAAAAAAUUAAUACCAAAAACAAUAAAUCAUUUAUCUGCAAAUUGCUCAACAUUAAAUAUUAUUGGUGAAAUACCUUUAGAAAUAAAUGUCAAUGGAAUAAAAACAACAAUUAUUGCCGAUGUUACAACAAAUCUUGUUACAAAUUUAAUAUUAGGUAGUGAUUGGAUUCAAUCAAACAAUGUUUAUAUUCUUACACCUGAACAACGAAUUAUGAUCCGAAGUCGAGGUAAAGAAGUAUCAACUCCUUUUGCUACACCACCUCUUCUAAAUUAUCCAGCUAUUCUUAUUAAUUAUAUUACUCUUCUUCCUUUUUCAGAAAAAAUAGUAGAAGCAAAAGUUCAACCCAACAAUAUGACUGAUGUAUUAUUUGAACCAAAUCCGCGAUUAAAAAAUAAAGCAUUAUUUACUGCCAAUGCAUUACUCAAUAUUGAAAAUAGAACAAUAAAAAUUAGUAUAAUUAAUGCAACCAAUCGACAACAAACGCUUUCCAAAGGAACCAAAUUAGGUAUAGUGACACAAGUAUCUUCUACAAUUGGUGUCACCAUACCAUCAAAUUAUUUAACAGAACGCAUUCCGGAAGGAAAAGCGUGUAAAGAGCUCAUUCCUGAAGGGAAAGGAGCGAAUAAAUCAAACAAAUUAAAUUUUAAUAAUAUGAUGACUACAACAUUACAUGGGAAACAACAUCAAUGUCGUGAAUGUUAUCGAAAUUUUAAUACUGGCAAUGAAUUAUUUAAACACCUUAGAAACAAAUGUUAUCCUGAAGAAAUUAGACAACAAAUAAACAAAUUAGCUGAACAUAUUAGUGAUGAUAAACAACGAGAACAAAUUUUGAAAAUUUUAUGGAAAUAUGGAAAAUUAUUUGAUAUUAGAAGACCAUCAAAGAUUGACAUUAUUUUAAAAAAUGCUAUCGACACGGGUUCACAUCGGCCAGUCCACACUCCACCAUAUAGAAAAUCCAACAAAGAUCAAGAAAUCUUAAGGAAAGAAACAGAAAAAUUAUUAAAAAAUGGAAUUAUUGAACAUUCAACAUCUCCAUGGUCUUCACCAGUCGUAUUAGUAAAAAAGAAGGAUGGAACAACAAGAUUUUGCGUCGAUUAUCGUCGCUUAAACCAAAUUACAACAAAAGAUGCUUUUCCAUUACCAAGAAUUGAUGAUAUUUAUGACCAAUUAACAAAAGCAGCAUAUUUUACAAAAUUCGAUUUCAAAGCAGGUUAUUUUCAAGUACCAUUAGACAAAUCAGAUCGACCAAAAACAGCAUUUUCAACUCGAGAUGGACACUUUCAAUUCAAAGUAUUACCUCAAGGACUUACUAAUGGACCACCAACAUUUCAACGUAUUGUUAAUCAAAUAUUAGGUCCAAAUCGAUGGAAACAUGUACUCGCCUAUAUCGAUGAUAUUAUUAUUUACUCACAAAACUUUAAUGAACAUUUAAAACACAUUGAAGAAGUAUGUUCAUUAUUAAAGGAAGCAAAUUUUAAAUUAAAUGUCGAAAAAUGUGAAGUUGCAAGAACAGAAAUAUUAUUUCUUGGACAUGUAAUUAAAGCCGGUACUAUUAAACCUGAUCCUGACAAUAUUCGUGGUCUGACCGAAACACAAGAACCAACAUCUGCUGAAGAAGCCUUUAGAUUUGUAAAAGCAGCAGAAUAUUACAGAAAAUUUAUUCCAAAAUUUUCUACAAUUGCUGCACCAUUACAUAAAUAUUCUCCAGCAACAUUACAACAACAAAAGAAUAAUAAAAAAUUAAAAUUUGAAUUAUCUGCUGAAGCUAGAAUAGCAUUCCAUCAACUCAAGAAAAUAUUAACAACUGAUCUUAUUCUUGGUUUACCUGAUGAUACACUACCAUUCAAAUUACAAACUGAUGCUUCAACAGAUGGAAUUGGUGCUGUUUUAUUACAAAUUACUCCUAAUGGUGAUCGACCAUUAGCAUACAUGUCAAAGAAAUUAACAAAAACACAAACUAAUUGGCCAACAAUCGAACAAGAAUGUUAUGCAAUAGUACAAGCAAUAGACAAAUGGGACAAAUAUCUUCGUGGCCAUGAAUUUAUAUUAGAAACUGAUCAUGAACCGUUAGUUCAUUUUACAAACAAAGAACAAUUAAAUAAAAGAUGUGAACGAUGGCGAUUAAAAUUAGCUUAA